AAUCCUCUGUCAGGUUAUUUGCCUCCGGGUUAUAAUCUAUUGAGAACCACUCUACUUCAAAAAGAAAAGGCAAAUAUUGAUAGAUUAUUGCAACCAAUUAGGAGUACAUGGAAGGCAAAGGGUGUUAGCAUUGCAAGUGAUGGUUGAAGUGAUCCACAAAGGCGGCCUUUAAUUAAUUUUAUGGCUAUGACAGAAGGAGGUCCCAUGUUUUUGAAAGCUGUUGAUUGUUCCGGUGGAAUUAAAGACAAGUUUUUCAUUUCCAAUUUGUUGAAGGAAGUCAUAAAUGAGGUUGGCCCCCAAAAUGUGAUCCAAGUAAUUACAGACAAUGCCCCAAAUUGCAAGGCUGCUGGACAACUAAUUGAAGGGCAAUUCCCUCACAUUGUUUGGACACCUUGUGUGGUCCAUACUCUUAAUCUUGCCCUCAAAAAUAUUUGUGCUGCAAAAAAUGUGGAAAAGAAUGAAAUUGCAUAUGCAGAGUGUGGUUGGAUUCUUGAUUAUGCUGAUGAGGUUACAAUAAUAAAGAAUUUCAUCAUGAACCAUUCAAUGAGAUUAGCUAUUUUCAAUGAGUUUGUCAGCUUGAAGUUGCUUUCAGUUGCAGAGACACGCUUUGCUUCUGUUAUUGUGAUGAUGAAAAGAUUUAAACUUAUAAAAGGUGGUCUCCAAGCAAUGGUCAUAAGUGACAAGUGGACUUGCUAUAAGGAGGAUGAUGUAGGAAAGGCCGAUUAUGUGGGAGAGAAGCUGUUGGAUGAACAAUGGUGGGGAAAGAUUGAUUAUAUCCUUUCCUUUACUUCACCUAUUUAUGACAUGCUAAGGGCUUGUGAUACCGAUAAGCCUUGUCUUCACUUAGUUUAUGAUAUGUGGGAUACAAUGAUUGAAAAAGUGAAGAUGGCAAUAUAUAGGUAUGAAAGAAAGCGACAAAGUGAAAGUUCUUCCUUUUAUGAAGUGGUGCAUGGGAUACUUGUAGCUCGUUGGAACAAGAACAAUACUCCGCUUCAUUGCUUGGCACAUUCACUAAAUCCAAGGUACUAUAGUGAUGUGUGGCUUAGUGAAGACCAAAGUCGAGUUCCACCACACAAGGAUUUAGAGGUCUCAAGAGAGAGAACAAGGUGCCUUAAAAAAUACUUUAGUGACCCACAAGAGCGUUCAAAAGUCCAAUUGGAGUAUGCUAAUUUUUCAUUAAACUCGGGGGAAUUUGGGGAGAGUGAUUCUAUAUGUGAUAGAUAUACCAUGGAUCCUAAAAGUUGGUGGGUUGUACAUGGUUCAUAUGGUCCCUUGCUUCAAGAGUUAGCUUUGAAGUUGCUUGUCCGGCCUUCUUUCUCCUCAUGUUGUGAGAGGAACUGGAGUACUUAUUCUUUUAUUCACUCAUUGAGAAGGAACAAGAUGGCGCCACAACGGGCUGAAGAUUUGGUUUUCAUUCAUAGUAAUCUCCGUCUUCUGUCAAGGAGAACCCCACAGUACAAUGAAGGACGAACUAAGAUGUGGGAUAUUGCAGGAGAUGCAUUUGAUUCAUUUGGUGAUGUUGGGGUGCUUGAGGUUGCAAACCUCUCACUUGAUGAGCCAGAAUUAGAGGCGGUAUUAUUUACCGAUGAUGGAAGUGUUAAUGAUGAUGAGAUUCAUGAGACAAUUGAUGAUGAACAACAAUAGAUGAAUGCUGAUAUGUUCUUUUUUUUUUUGUUUUGGACUACCCUUUUGGUAUUGUAAAUGGUAAAGUCCUAGGUCAAAUGAUGGAUGGGAAUAGAUGAUAGUACACUGACUUGUUUUUGUAUCUUUUUUGGGGACUAGCCUUUAGGUUUUUGUGAAUGUUAAGUGCUAACAGUACAGUCUUGAAUGUUAAACAAUCAUGAAUGUUAAUAGUCCUUUCAGUCUAUGCUUUUGUAUUUGGAGUAAAGUUGCAAUGAUGAUUAAAUGAUACUAGUUAUUAUUCUAAUAUCUUGUUUUUUAUUUGGUUUUAUAACUCUGCAACAUUGUUCUUUUAUUGUUUAUUAGUUAUAAGUUAUGAUUUGUAUAUAUUUUCCAUUGUGAG